UCACAAAACAAAAAAGAAAUAAAAAAGCAUGACAGCAGGAGAAGGCAUCAAUUCGUCAAUCACAUUGGAAGGUUCCUCUUCACUUGUGGUCGACUACUUUCAAUACUGCCUCAGUAGUAUUUUAAUGUUACGCGGUUUAAAACCUGAAGACAGUUUCAGGCUAGUCACACGAUACGGUCUCAAGGUCUACAUAUCUAACGAACCUCAAUUGACAAGAUACAUUCAAGGUAUUGUUCAGCAAUUAAAAAUCUGGGUAGAAGAAAACGUUGUCAGCAGAUUCAUAGUAGCCAUUAUUUCAACCGAGACGAUGGAAACCAUUGAAAGAUGGCAAUUCAAUAUUCAGGUCAAUGGAGAAAAUGGGUUACCCUCAGCCGAGAACGUUCCUCCUGCAGAUGCAGAAAUUAUUCAAAAGCAAACGAGAGAUCAGAUCAGAUCCGUGUUACGCCAAAUUGUACAAAGCGUGUCUUAUUUACCAGAAUUGGAUCCUGACUUUUGUACAAUGAAGGUGCUUGUGAUUGCUGAUGAUACUGCUGAGGUACCUGCAGCCUGGGUGGAUGACAAAGCUUGCGUGAUUUUAAAGGGAGCAGAACAUGUACAAUUAAGAUCUGUCUCAACUCUUGUGCAUAAUGUCGAUGCCUUUGUUGCCUAUAAAUAUGAUCCGUUUUAAACAAAAUACAUGAUUCUGAACAAUGCUCGUAUUCAAUCGC